AUGAAGUUUGCCAAGCACCUCGCAAGGGCGAUGGACGUCUCCGACCCUGAGUGGCACCCGUUCUGGGUCAACUACAAGCAGCUCAAGAAGCCUUGGGACGCAGCGGCGGCCGCGCCGCCAGCAUCAACAACGGGGACGUCAACCAUGGCUGCUGCUGCUGCUACGGAGAAUGGCGCAAGUCAUCGCGGUGGUGCGGAGGGGGUUGCUGCAUCGGUGAAUACAACAAGGGAGGAAUUAGAGCCGGCGGCGGCGGGGGUGGCGUUGACUGCUGCUGUCCUCUCCUGCAAUCCCCGCGCAGCAGCAGCAACAGGUGACCGCGCCGUCAACGGAGAAAGCAACAGCACCAGCAGCGGCAGCGGCACGCCUCCGCGUGAGGACAAGAAACUUGCCUGCGGCGUCAGGGAUAGUUGUCGCGAUGGACUAGAAACGGCGUCCGGUGUUCGUGAGACUGCCUCCUCCUCCACCGCCGUUGUCCUUGCAUGCUGCGGAAAUUCGUCUUCGUCUUGCGCUGCAUCAGCAGCAGCUGCCGCCGCCAACGCCAGUGGCGCAGCAGCAGCCAGCCCGGCGGCGGCGCUUGGGGAUGAUAGCACAGCAGCAGGGGCUGCUGCUACCCAACAGGACGCACAGCAGGGGCUGCUGCUGCAGCGGCGGCGGCAAUGCGAGUGCCCGUUCUUCAGCGCUCUCCUCAGGGAGGUAGACAAGUGCCGCAUUUUUUUCUUGGAGAACGAGGGCGAACUGAAGAUACGGACCAAGCGCUUGCAGCUGGCGCUGGAUCACCUGAAGAGGCCGGACCUUAGCCGCCUCAGCAGCGUCAAGGGCGCGCACAUGAAGCUCAUGCAGGCGUGCGUGAACUUCUACCGCGACGCUCUGCUCGUGGAGGACUUCGCUAUGCUGAACUACACGGCGGUGAUCAAGCUCCUCAAGAAGCGCGACAAGCUUGCGGGCACCUCGGACCAGCGGCCGUUCAUGGCGGAGGUCAUGGCCGAUCAGCCGUUCGCCAUGUACCCCGGGGUGGCGAAGCGCGUGGUUCAGGUGGAACAGAUCUUCAGGGACAUCGAGCACAUGUGCUUCUUGAGGACCGGAGAGGGCAUGAAGUCCGUCAUGAAGAACGAGCUCACGGUCGUGGAAGCCUUCAUGCAGCUCGCCCAGGAGUCUAAGCAGGUGCAGCACAAGGAGCUCCACGGCGGGGCAUCGAGCGACCCGCGGUCACGGUCCCCAUCCUCGUCGUCAGGCUCGGCCGCAACAAUCCAACAGCGCCAGCACCAACGGCCGCCGCUCAUCUCCUCUCAAGCCAUCGACGUCGGCUGGUGCGAUCGGACCGCCGCCGCCGCCGCCGUCGGUACCAGCAGCGGUGGUGGCAACGGUAGCCUCGAGGGUGACCGCGAGGCCGAGGCGCGGACGGGGACCGGAGCGAGGGGUGGGCCAACGGCAGCGAGCGCGUGGGCAAGGCCCUCCUCGGCUGAUGGCGGCAGCGGCGGCGGUAGCGCGUCGGGGACUACCGGCCAAGGGGGCGUUGCUGCGGCUAGGAUUAACGCCGUGAAAAGCGGCGAGAUCGGCGGCCGAGCUGGGGGUCCCUGCCAACCGGGGUGCGGGGGGAGAGGUGGGUGGGCGGCAAGGGCACCGACGGCGGCGGCUGCUGCGGUUGCUGCGGCAGCGACAGUUGUGCGUCGCGCGCCGGCACCGACGGUGGUUGUUGAGGGUGGGGGCAGGGCCAAGCCCGAGGCGGAGUGGGUGUUGUCGAAGCACGCGGGCUGGAUGGCUUCGAACGGCGCCGUAGCUGGUGGCUGCUCUCGGGCUGGAGAAGGGCGGUGUAACCGGCUCGGGUUUCAAGGGAGGGGCGGGAGUGUGGGGGCGGGAGAAGGGGAAGCAGGACAGAGAUUCGGAGUCGAAAGAGGUCAGGGGUGGGGGGGGGACUGGGGCGCCGGUCGUGCCCGGGUGGGGCAGUCGAUGCCCUCCGCCCUUGCGACCCCAGCGCCGUCGAGGCAGCAGGCCUCCACGAGGUUGUCCGUGCGUCCCCUUGACAGCAGCAGCGGCGGCGGCAGCAGCGGCGGAGGGGGUUACGCCGCUGGUGUCGCUGCGGUUGCCUCACCAGCGACGUGCCUCGGCCCGCGGCUGGCAACGUCGGCUGGCCUCAUCCAUCAUCACCAUUCGAAGCAGGCGCGAUUCGGAUAGGAACACCGAGGAGGCGUUGCUGGCGACGUGGGGCGGGGGGAGUGCACCACGCCCGGCUGACGGGGAGGGGGAGACAUUUUGACAUUUUUUGUUUCGGCUGCUUGGAGGCGGGAUAAUAUUCAAGAGGGGUAUAGGGGGGGCGUAGGAUAUAUCGUCAAAGGUGGUCGGUCGAUGGCACGGCAGUAGUGAAUCGAUGUGACGCGAGCGGGGCUCUGGGCAUUCGGGCGUUUGUUGUCGGGUAGAGGUUCUGUUUGGUUUCGACAACGGGUCCUUGUCGGGAAACACAAAAUACGGCCGCGAGAGCGCUGGCGUGCGCGCUCUUCGGGCCGCUGGUGGUAUACCAGAAUACGUGUAGAGAUCGCAUUGUUGUGUGUUCCGUAGACUAUCGUUGUAGUCAAGGCCGCUGGCCUUGCUGCUUCCGCUCUAGAGGUAAAUUCGAAAAGGUGUACAUGCCGGUUUUGUGCCGGUCGGAACCUGGCUCCACGUUUUGCUUUCACGGGUGCCGUGUGCUCUUUUGACAUGCCGUAUUCCAUCGAUACCUAACCGUGUACAUGUGCAAACUUGGCAGUUCAAGCCAUCUCAUCACCAACCUCCAAGUAAAUGUUGUGUAGGAAUUUCGUGCGCGGACGUUUAGGAGUGUCGUUGCGCAAGCACGUUGUGGUGAGUUUUAGAGCAGUUACCGUUAUGAUCUAAGUAGUCCCAGGGGUGUUACGCAUAGCUUGUCGGCCUGCCCUCCUCUAGUAAGAUGCAAAAUUCUUGAGGUCGGGGGAAGGUGUCUUCUUCUUCAGAGUUGUACAUGUAUCACAAAUGUUCGGGCGCUCCCCACACCGACAUGGCAGUGGCUGGUACAAUAGAGAGCACGGGAAAAGGGGAGUGUGGUAUUCCCGGCAGCAACACGACGACGGGACAAACCGCGGGCCUUUUUUUAUGAGUGUGGGUGAUGUGAUGGUGACUUCGUGUUAUUGCCCGUAUAUAGAUCAACACGUAUGGUAUGGAUUUGACCGAAUCGCCGGAAGGGUAUUGUACGGUUUUCCCCGAUGGCGUUGUGUGGAAGAAGUUUUUGGGUCUCUGGACCUGCCUGCCUUUGUCGUGAUUUUUCACGGGCGGUGCCCGGGGCGCCGAUCCAGAGGAGCCAUGCCAUGCAGUACCGGCUUCGCGGAGUACUACAACGGACAUGUAAUGUUUGCUUGUGUUUAUUAUCACACGGAGGCGGUUUCGAAGUGCCAACCGCAUGCAUGCAUACUACAUGGUGAUCUUGAUGGGUGUGGGAGAGGGGAGGAGGUUAUACCGAUGGAGCAAUGUGUUGGUUCGAGUCUUGGCAUUAGUCUGAUAGUCGAUCGCUGAGUUGUGUUUCGUUUGUUGGUUUGUUGCAAACUGACAUGGCGUCACGCGUGUGUUGGUUUGACUUUCUUUCGUCGGGGAUGUUUCUGUGCCAAGUUUUCCCAGUCGAAAGCUUCCCCGCACCUCGGGGGAGCUAAACACACACCACAUUGCGCACACAUACAGUAUCCGAACAUGGUAAACUAGGAAGGGUCCUCGACUCGACCAUGAGGGAUAAUUUUUGUUCUAUGGGAAUGUCUGUACCGGUCGCUGCCUGGGGGGGGGGGGGG